CCAUGAGCAACGCCAGGUGUCGCAUAUUUGUCUUUCUCUCGCUCAUCCUCGCCAUGUCGCCGCUUGCGCUAUCUGUCUUUUGCAUUCUCUAUUUCCAGGUCAUCCUCCUGCACAAUAUCCCGCUGACCACGCGGUGGCCGCGAGUGACCAUGGUUAUUGGCACAUUGGCUAUAUCUUUGGUGCCGGAAAUGUUCACACUGUUUAUUCCUCCGCAUAUGGUCGGGAUGCAAACAUACUGCGAUUAUAACAAGACACCCGGUAAAAAACUGUUUAUCUUUCAAUGGCUCGUCAUACUGGCCCUGUUGGGUGCCACAAUCAAGAGAUCCCAUGAGGUGCAGAGCGGCAUGUCAACAGGGAUGACGUUCCAAACCAGCGAUUGCAGCGAUUGCAGCUCUGCCAGGUCACUCAACAUUCUUGUUUCGGACGUGGUCAAGGAUAACAGAUGCAAUCGAAGACAGAGCAGCAACUCCGUGGUUGCGCACACCAUGCGCUCUAUUGUCUGGUUCCCCAUCGCGCCAAUCGUUUGUCUAGGGUUCAACACCGUUUACUCUAUUGUUUGGUACCAUUUGGUGCUGCAAUAUCUGGCUGUGCCCCUAAUUGCUAUGACGUUUUACUCGAGCCCGCCUGUCAAAAGAGCGUACAGACAGUACAGGAUUGACAAGCGCGCAUUAGACAAGGACCAUUGUCCCGCAAAACAGCGCGGAUGAGCCAAGGCAUUUUUUGUUUGAAUAUUUUU